UGAACAUGUACGUAUUUCAAAUAAGCCGUUACUUUUUGGAUGUGUUCUGAUAGCGAUGUCGUCGUAUCCUUAUAAUUCAACUAGUGAACUGCGUCAGAAAAUGACAGGCCUUCGGCGUCAGCUUAGCCAUCCUCACCUAAAUAAAUUCAAAGAAGCCAAAAAGGAACUAGCUUCUAUAUAUGAAGAUAUUUUAAGUUAUGUGUCUGAAAGUCACAAAUUUACACGAGAACAAAGUGAAGAAGAGAGGUUUGCCAGACUUAUCGGACAAGGAGUUCAUGCUGAAGUUGAACACCAUCUCCAGAAAAUCCGUAAUAUUCAGGAAAUUAUUGCUCGUAAUCAAAUGAAGUGUGCUUUUUUCGGGAGAACAUCAAAUGGAAAGAGUACUGUUAUCAACGCGAUGUUGGGUUCAAAAUUGUUACCUUCUGGUUUGGGUCACACCACCAGUUGUUUCCUUGAAAUCCAGGGAACGGAUCAGGACUCAGGAUAUCUUCUAAUGGCUGAUUCUGAUACCAACCCUAAAGAAACGUCAGAUAUUUCUCACCAGGCUCGUCCUAUUGAUUCCGUUGGUCAGUUAGCCCAUGCAUUAAGCAGUGUCAAACUUUCCACAGAUACACUACUAAAAAUAUUCUGGCCAAGUUCAUAUUGUAGGCUGUUACGUGAAGAUGUUGUUCUACUAGAUAGUCCAGGGAUUAAUGUUGAUCCAGAUAUGGAUAGAUGGAUUGAUCUUCACUGUUUGGAUGCGGAUGUUUUCAUUCUUGUUGCUAAUGCUGAGUCAACAUUAAUGCAAGCUGAGAAAGAUUUCUUUCAUAAAGUCAGUCAGAAGUUAUCCAAACCAAAUAUUUUUAUCAUUAAUAAUCGUUGGGAUGCUUCAGCAAACGAAAUUGAAUAUAUUAAUGAGGUACGUGAGCAACACCUGCAACGUUGUGUAGCGUUUCUUGUUGAUGAAUUAAAAGUGUGCACACGUACAGAGGCAGAGGGACAUGUUUUCUUCGUUUCAGCCCGUGAAGUUCUAGCGAUGAGAACAAAAGCGAAUUUAGGUGGCGAUCCACAUUCAGGUCCUCCUGGAGCGGCUACAAGUAUUGGGUCUCCUUUGUCAGCAGUGGCCUAUAUGGCUGAGGGUUGGCAAGAUAGGCUCGUGGAGUUUACAAAUUUCGAAACUGUUUUCGAGAAAAAUCUUUCAGAGUCUGCUACUCGUACAAAAUUUGCAGCUCAUUCUGAACAAGGCAAGGAUGUAGUGAAUAGAGUUCGUACAAUCAUGGAAAAUAUCUAUGAGACAACAGUUGAAGAAAAAGAUGCUGCCGUUCGUUGUCGUCGUCUUUCUCAAGCACAUCUUGAAGAGGUACGUGCCCGGUUGAUGAAGACAACCCAAGCUGUAGAUGAAAUGCUUCAUGCUAGUUUGGCACGUGUUGAAGCCCAAGUCGCUAGUGCAUUAAAUGCUGAAAUUCGGCGCUUGAGUGAACUUGUCGAUAGUUAUUCGCGUCCUUUCCAUCCAGAUCCAGCUUUGAUUCACGUAUACAAGCGAGAACUAAAUACACAUGUUGAACGUGAAUUAGGCAGAAAACUUACUGAAGCUUGUUCUAGUGAUAUUCUUAAUGAAGUUGCUCGAUGUGAACAGUUAAUGAUGAAUAAACAUGCGGCAAUUGUUUCAGACGAAGCUUGUAAAAAUCGUAUACUUCAGCUAGUUGAUCCUACUGCGUUUACUCCGGAAUUCCAUCUUGAUUGUCGUAAUUUGUGUGCGAAUUUUCACGAAGAUAUUCAGUUUCGUUUUUCUCUUAGUUUGGGAACGCUGUUCCAACGGUUAUCAGCCCCACGUCGUUCGACAAAUAGUUAUCAUUGGACACAAUCUGAUGGAAUUCCUUCUAGUUUGGUUAACUCUUCCAUAUUACCCAGAUCUUCAUUGACUGUUGAUUUAUUCCCUUCUCUUAUGAGCCGAGGUGCUGUCGGUACUGUUAUUGCUUUUGGAAUUAUGUCUAAAGCUGUUGGUUGGCGAGUUCUAGCAGUGGCUUGUGGAAUAUACGGUGGUUUAUAUCUAUACGAACGACUUUCUUGGACAAAUAAAGCUAAAGAGACUGCUUUCAAACGUCAAUAUGUCGAUUUCGCUUCCCAUAAAUUACGUUUAAUUGUUGAUUUAACUAGUACAAAUGCUCGGCAUCAAGCUAAAAGAGAGUUACAUCUAGCUCAUAAGAAGUUGUCCACGGAAGUGGAGAAUUUCAGUGAUACUUUAGUUGAAGAAGUGAAACAAUUGGAUAGUGAUAUAAACCGUCUGGAUUUCAUUACUACAGAAGCAAGGAAACUUAAAAAUCGUGCUAAUAACUUGGGGAAUAUUUUGAAUAAAUUUCAUGAAACAUUUAUUUUAAAUCCAUGGGAUGAAUCUAAUUAGAAGAAUUCAAUUUAUUCUUUUAGUGUUUUCUUUCCUUUCUUUUGGAAGAAGAAAUGUUCAUCUAUGUUUUAAUCCAUCCAUUGAUAACCAUCUUUGAACAAUAUAUAUAUAGUUCAGUUUACAAAAUGAAAAACAUGACGCAAAAAACAAAAUCUCGAAUUGAAAUAUCUUCAAAAAUCGUUCUAGUAGUAUUAUUAGUUAGUUACAGAAGCAGUAGUAUGGUAAUAAUUCAUUGGUUACAAAAUUGUAUUCCUCAAACAAUUUAAUUUGCCCAUCUAAACGAUAAUAGUUUUAUUUGGGAACUUGUAUUGUAUAUUAUGUAUGGUAUUAAUAUGUCAUUUAAUUGUCGACAUCAUCAACCACAUCCUACUUAGUCGAUAGAUGAGCGCUUAUUAUUAUUACUAUUAUUAUUAUUGGUUCAUAAAUAACUUUUUUAGGGUUAACAUAUAAUUGAAUGUAUGUACAACAUAAGAUAUAAUUCAUACGAAUUUUUUAAAAUUGAAUAUACAUUGAUAAACAGUAUAAGUUGUUUUUUUCAUGGUUAACACUUUCAUCACCUUAUUCGUUGGUAUUAUAAGUUUAUAUUAUGUUUCAGUAGAUCAUUCAUAUUUCUGGUUUACGCAUAAUAAUUAAAUUUAUUUUGUAUUGUUUGUUUGAAUCUUCUCAUUGAUGUUUAGAACUGCAAUUGAUCAGUCUCUUAUUGACAUAUGUGCAUUCUGUACUGAUUGCCUGGAUAUUGCCUUCGUUGAAAAGCAUUAUAAGCAAAGAUGGUUGGUGGCUAGCAGUGGAAUUUAGGACGCGCGUUUCGUCCUAUUUGGGACUCGUAUGCUGGAUGUACCUGAUCAAUCGAGGUCCUAAACGUCAAUGGGAAGAUUCAAACAAACAAUACAAUGAAUUUAAAACUCCACCCCAUUUCACAGGCAAGUGGUUAUCAGGACUUAGUAGCCAAGUGGAUAAAGCUAUAGCAUUUGAAGCGAACAAUGCUGAGUCCGGGUCCCGGAAUGAACAUCAACUCUGGGAUACAGAUACAUCCAGCUGACGAGUCCCAAAUAGGACGAAACGCGUGUCUUGAAUUCCACUGUUAGCCACCUAUCAUAUUUGCACAUAAUUAAUUGUUUACAAAUUUUCAUCAUAUUAAUAAAACAUGGGUCAUAUAAACAAAGAAUAUUCUUUUCAAUAAAUUCUCGUCAGGUUCUAUCGCUACAAAGUCAAAUUUCUAAACCAAAUGUGAGAUAACCCAUCGUUUACGAUUAGAUUAUAUAAAUGUACGAUUGUAAAAAUAAAAUCAGAUUUAAUAUUGAAAUUAUUAGUAUUCAAUGUUCACUUGAAUUACAUUAUAUGUUAAAUGAAAUCAUGAGAUGAUUGAUAAUGAAGAAUAAAUUUAGAUAAAACAAAAUAAGGGAAUAAUGUAAUUAUUAAUCAAACCAAAUGGUUGGUUUACGACUGGGUAAUGCAUAAAUUGAUAUGAAUUCAGUAAGAGAUAUUGAAAUAGGUUGAUAGUUAAUUAGAUUCUUGACGUUUACAAGAAGAGUAAUAAUGAUACGAAACAUGUGAAUUAUAAUAACAAUAUUUGAAUAAGAUGAAUGUAGGUUAUGAAAUUACAUAGGGUAAGGCUAUGUGUCCAUUAGUCAAGUGAGGUCAUCCUAUAAUUAAGAUGAUGACUGACUUAUCGGGUCUGAAGUUUCCUUAGGCAAAAGAAGAGGCUGGAUAUAUUUCCUUUUUUGGUUCAAAUAGCUAUUGCUUCUGCUUCUAAAGAAGAAAUACAAAUAGGUCAUUAACAUGUUUCUAAAAGAUGACAAUUUAUUGAUUAAGUAGCUAAAUAAAGGAUCGAGAGUUCUCGAAAAAAUGAGUGGCAUCACGAACAACAUUUUAGAAACUAGCUGACCAGACAUCUAAUUAAUGAGAUAGAUGAUGCUCUUAGCCGACCAUUAAUGACGCUCAGGUCAACAGAGAACUGCAUAGAAUUUUCAACUGUUUCAGCCGAAGGUGGAUAAUACGCUGCUCCUUUGUCAACAUUAUAUGGCGC